AUGGAGGCGGCAGGCACCUGGGCGCUGCUGCUGCUGCUUCUCCUCCUGGUGGUGACGCUGGUGCUGCCUGCGACCUGGGCCCGAGGCCACCUGCCCCCGGGGCCCACGCCUCUGCCGCUGCUGGGCAACCUCCUGCAACUCCGGCCGGGGGCGCUCUACUUGGGGCUCCUGCGGCUGAGUAAGAAGUACGGACCGGUGUUCACCGUGUACCUGGGACCCUGGCGGCGCGUGGUGGUCCUGGUUGGGCAUGAGGCUGUGCAGGAGGCCCUGGGAGGUCAGGCCGAGGAGUUCAGCGGGCGGGGGAUGGUGGCAACGCUGGACAGGACCUUCGAUAGCCACGGGGUGUUCUUCUCCAACGGGGAGCGAUGGAGGCAGCUGAGGAAGUUCACCACACUGGCCCUGCGGGACCUGGGCAUGGGGAAGCGAGAAGGCGAGGAGCUGAUCCAGGCGGAGGCCCGAUAUCUGGUGGAGGCUCUCCAGGGGACCAAAGGACAGCCGUUUGACCCCUCCCUGCUGCUGGCCCAGGCCACCUGCAACAUCAUCUGCUCUCUCGUCUUCGACCUCCGCCUCCCCUACGACAAUGAGGAGUUCCAGGCCAUGGUCCGGGCGGCUGGCGGCAUUGCUGUGGGGGUCAGCUCCCCGUGGGGCCAGACCUACGAGAUGUUCUCCCGGUUCCUACAGUGCCUCCCAGGCCCCCACACGCAGCUCCUCGGCCACUUGGGCACCGUGGCCGCCUUUGCCACCCAGCAGGUGGGGCAGCACGCGGGCAGCCUGGGCGCCGCAGGCCCUGCGCGCGACCUCGUGGACGCCUUCCUGCUGAAGAUGGCAAAGGAGAAGCAAGACCCAAACACAGAAUUCACAGCCAAGAACCUGCUGAUGACGGUCGUGUAUCUGCUGUUCGCCGGGACGGUGACCGUCAGCACCACGAUCCGCUACACCCUGCUGCUCCUGCUGAAAUACCCUCAGGUCCAAGAGCGCAUGCAGGAGGAGCUGAUGCGAGAGCUGGGGGCUGGCCAGGGGCCAAGCCUGGGGGACCGAGCCCGCCUCCCCUACACGGAUGCAGUUUUGCACGAGGCGCAGCGGCUGCUGGCACUGGUACCCAUGGGAAUACCCCGCACCCUCACCAAGACCACCCGCUUCCGGGGGUACACCCUGCCUCAGGGCACAGAGGUCUUCCCCCUUCUCGGCUCCAUCCUGCAUGACCCCGCAGUCUUCAAAGAACCUGAGGAGUUCAACCCAGGCCGAUUCCUGGAUGCGGACGGGAAGUUCAAGAAGCACAAGGCGUUCCUUCCCUUCUCCUUAGGUAAGCGCGUCUGCCUCGGGGAGGGCCUGGCUCGGACCGAACUCUUCCUCCUGUUCACCGCGAUCCUGCAGGCCUUCUCGCUGGAGGGCCCAUGCCCGCCGGGCGCCCUGAGCCUCCAGCCGGCCAUCAGUGGCCUUUUCAACAUCCCCCGAGCCUUCCAGCUGCGAUUCCGGCCCCGCUGA